ACAAUGGGCCCGUUACUCUAUCUAUAGACCCAGAGCGGCCGAGAACCAGAGAGAGAGAGAGACAGCAAAUCUAUUGCUCUUUGAAAAGAAAACCUAAGAAAUAGGUAUUUUUUAGUCGGAAUAGUACACAUCUAAUGGAUUAGUGGAACCGAGGCCUUUAAAUUAUGGAUUUUCAUCAUGAGGCGAGGCUACGUGUGAGAACUGAGGGUCUUUAGACUCCUUCUUUUACAUGAAACUGGCUAAGGAUUGUUAUAACUCUGCAAAAGUUAAAGUGGAUGGAGGGGCCUGGCAGUCCUCGCGUCAGAAAACUGCACUUCCCAGUUGGAUUGUGGAUCAACUCCCCCAGAAAACAUUUUGCCAAACUAGGACGUCGCUGGCCGAGCGCCAUCUCCGUCAAGUCGACUACCAGCUCUGACGCCACCUCGCUCCACGAGGCCCCCUCUGCUCCUUCCUCUUCCCUCUCUAACUCCACCCCCUCGCUGGCUUCCCCUUCUCCAACCACGUCUUCUUCCCCGGCCAUUCUCAGGCCUCGACCUGCUGGCCCCCAGUCCCGCACAAAGCGUCUUUCUAAUCUCUUUCUGCGAGGGCGCUCCAACAGCGACCGGGACCGGGCGGUAGGGGAGACGGAGAGAGACAUUUGGGCUCACUCGGCUAACCCUGCGUCCCAUCACUACCUGGCCCCUGGCUCUUCCUCGGGUCUGAUAAAGAUCUAUGGGGAUGCUCUCUACAGUGGAGCCAACUAUCGCUCUCUGCUGGCCAACAUUCACUCCACAGCCAGGCAGCUCAUUGUCCAGGUCAUCACUCGGUAUACCGAAAGAGAAAGAGAAGACACGGAUGAUGCAGUGGUCCAGAGACACAGCCCUGAGGACUUCCUGUUGUGUGAUGUCAUUGGGAAGCCUGUCCAGCAGCCAGAUGGAGCUAUCAAGUGGGAGACAGAGUGCCGCAGAAGUGUUGCCCCAUGGGAGUGCCCUUUGUUGUUAGUGGACAUGUGGCGGCCCAAGGAUGGAUUUGAGAGACGCUUUGAAAUCCACAGGAAGGACGACUACGAGAAAGAAGAAAGAGAAAAAGAGAAGGAGCGGGAGGGUCACCAAGGUGUGCGCUGGAGGAACAGGAUGCCAUCUGGACCAGAGGAGGGCAAGCGCGGUCAUCGCGGAAGGAACAGCGACCUUCGGAGAAGCAUCAGUGACAUGAACCUGAGUCUGCGCCGUCGCCAUGGGAACCAUGUCAGCAGCGAUCCCCAGGGUCCAGGCAACCACCCGAACAACAGCAGAGGGGUGCAGGACAGAAAGAAUAUUGUGAGCAUGAUGAACCCACAGCCAGGAGAGGUCAGAGCGUCGAGGGCCGAAGCGAAGGUCGGAUGGACGAAUCAGCCAGCGAGUGAUGAGAAGGACUACUCCAGCUGCGACCUGGAAGUGAUGUCACAAAGCCUGAUCCUUCCUCCCACAGACCGGCCCUACUUCUUGUUGCUGCAGGGUUACGAUCAGAGCAAGGAUUUUGUUUUGUACAUCAUGGCGGGACAUACGCAUGUGUUCGGAAGAAAACCCACAGUAAAGGAGAGAGAGAAGGACAGAGAAAGAGAGAGGAAGGGGAAGAAGCCUCUGAAGGUGGACACAUUUUUGUCUGCUCCUGACCUCUUGAUUAGACACCUGCUGGUCAGGAGAGAUGCUGCUGUUCCAGAAGCAGCCACUGGACAAGCUCUGAUGAGGCCCUUUAGAGGAGGUGCAGUUACUCACAACGGAGUGGCCCUGUACAGGGAGACGGUCCUAAAGCCCGGGGAUGUGGUUGGUCUGGGGGACCACUUCCUGUUCUUGUACCGUGACCCCCGAGUGACUCCUGCACCUCCGCUUGCACUGACGCUGCCGUGGCAGGCCGAUGCCUCCGCCACCUGCUGCCCUUCAGGCCUGGUGGACAGGCAGGAGGCUUUGAAACUGUACCUCGCUUCUCCUGAGUCAGUUUUGAAGUUUCAUCCUCGUCACGCAGACGACCUUCUACAGGAGAUCAUCUCCAAAAACUCUUCUCCAGACUCAGGUGGGGGGCCGUUAGCUCCUGCUUAUCUGCUGUCGAUCAUGAUAGACCAUGCCGCCAAGCACCUGGACCCCGCUCUCACACCGCAGAUAUUACUCAAAUCAGCCAAUCUGAUCAAAGAAAUUGUCUGGGAUAACAUUAAGGAAUUUGGGGAUAAGCAUCCCACGCAAAAUUCCACAGAACAAGAAGGGGAGAUCAGCACGCCGAAUGUCCAAAAACUGUCGUCUGAUCUGAGACCCCUCAUGUUCUGGAUGUCGAAUGCCACGGAGCUGCUGAACUUCUUCCAGGUCAAAGUUGAAAACAUGGAGAAAGAGUGGGAAUUUGAAGCCCCCGGGGAUCCGGUUUUGACAGCUGACAUGGACACCUGUUCAGAGGCUCUGGCACAGCUGGAUGAUGUCAUAAUGCACACCUUCCAGCAGUGUGUGUAUCACCUCACCAAGACCCUGUACUCUCUUCUUCCGGCUCUCCUGGACACAAACCCGUUUUCCAAUGAGGAGAAGAAGGAGAAGGAGAAGGAUGGAGCUCGGGGUGCAGAGGGAGAGGAGAAAAAAGAAGGAGAAGUGGACGAUGAGUCCGUCUUGCCUCCUAAGGUCGCUGGAUUGGUGGAAGUGUAUCGCUGCUCCCUGAUGCUGUCUCGAGAAGCGUGUCUGUCUCCGCCACUCACCUCCCAAACCUUUGGGUACCUCUUCUUCUUCACCAACACUUCCUUGUUGAACACUUUGCUCGAAAGAGAUGGACUGUUUUCAUGGUCCAGAGCCGUGCAGAUCCGUACCAACCUGGACCUGGUUCUGGACUGGCUACAGGGGGCGGGGUUAGGUGACAUCGCCUCAGAGUUUAUGAAAAAACUCUCGGUCACUGUCAACUUCCUGUGUAUUCCCAAAACACGACUCAUUCAGUCGUCCUGGGCUAGUCUACAGGAAGAGCAUGAGCUCUUAAGUCCUGCCCAACUGCACCACUUGCUCACCCAUUACAAGCUGGGACCCACCAGAGCUCCACCUGCAUCCUGGGCUCCUCCAACCAGCACAGAUCUAAGUGGAGACAUCUUUGAGAGUUUUCUGGACCACCCUCCUCUUAUCUUGCCCAAUGAGACGCCGCGCCUCGACCUCUCCCAGCCAAUCCCGAGCUCUGAGCUCCAAAAGGAAGUGACACGACUCCGCACCUACUUGUGGGGACUCGAUCAGGACGAGCUCCCGGCCAAUCAGAGGACUAGGCUUUGAAGAGGAGGGUGAACGCCAGAACAAAGAAGGAAAAGAACAAGACGUGUUUCUUAAAUCUGACUUUUUGUUGUAUUUCCUCUUAUCUUCAUAUCAUUUGAUUAACAAAUUAAAAAUAAUAUUCUUGAACUAAGCAACUAUACUGGGUUUGUUGUGUGUUUAAAGGUGUGGAAAACUUACUUUAAAUUUUAUUUCUGUUUAUAAUCGGCCACUCUGAGUUUUUCAUACAGGCUGAACAUGAAAAUAGUCUCCUACACCUAUUUCCUGCAUUAGCUUCUGACAGAAAAUAGGCGGUGAAACUCUAGGAUUAGAAAAACCAGACAGAUCUACGUCACACUGUCACUUAGCAUUCAUGGACUCACCCAUCUUGACUCACGACAAGGAAGGCUGUUGUUGGUUCAGCGUCCAGGAAACACCAGAGAACAUAUCGGCUAGUAGAAGCUAACCGUUAGCAACUCCACCACACUGCAGAAGCUCCUCCAGGCUUGUGUUAUUUGUGGAGAUAAAAUCAUAAUGUUGGACGUCAGUGGUUGAGUUCUGUUGCUGUUAUCCGAUCUGAGGUGAGAUAUCCAAACAUCAGGAAAUAAGACUCCAAAUCCUGCCGUCUGAGCUCACCUGUGCUGUGGCUCACUUCCAGUUCCUGGAAACGGUGCACCGGUGUCGCCGUCUCACUGCAAAUCUAUUGAUUAAACGAGGGUUCCACACCUUUAAUGGGAUUCACUUUAAAACGGAGUAAACAUACAUAUCAGUUAUGGUUUCUGUGACUCUUUUACUUGACUUCCACGUCUGUUUUCAAACGACCUGUUUUUAAUAAAACACCCAAAUUCUUGUCUGAAAGA